AUGGCGACCCUGCUGCUGACCGUUGGGCUCAGCCUCAUUGCUGUCCUGCGGGCCCAGGACCCCCCAGCCUCAGAAGAGUACCCCGUAGAUUUGUCAGGGAAAUGGUACCUGAAGGCCAUGACUGCAGACCAGGACCUGCCCGAGAUUACACCCGAGUCAGUGACUCCCAUGAUCCUCACAGUCCUGGACGGGGGUGACCUGGAAGCCGAGAUCACCAUGCUGAUAAACGGUCAGUGCCAGGACAUGGAAGUGGUCCUGCAGAAAACUUCUGAGCCCGGCAGAUACACGGCCUACAACGGCAAGCGGGUCGUGUACAUCCGGCCGUCGCCGGCGAAGGACCACUAUGUCCUUUACUGUAGCGGCGACUUCCACGGGAAGCAGGUCCAAAUGGCCAAGCUCGUGGGAAGGGACCCCGAGACCAACCAGGAGGCCCUGGAGAACUUUCAGAAGUUCGUAAAAGCCAAAGGACUCAACCAGGACAUCUUGGAACCCACACAGAGCGAAACUUGUUCUUCAAGAGGAGACUAGGGGCAGGAGGCACAACCAUCCACUCCGGCAGCCCCGGGACAGCAGCCCCAGGACCCUCCGUCCUGCAGGACGUGGAAGGAACCACGCCCCGGGGACCCGGGCCCGCUCCACCCCUCCUGCCAGACCCGCUCCCCGCCCCCUGGCCCUCCGCCCCACUCCUGUGUCCACAUAAAGGGU